ACUCUCUCUUUCUUUCUAUUCAAACAAUUAAAACGCUUCAACAAUGGAGGAAAACCAAAAACCCUUUCUUCUUCUUCCAAAACCAUACAACUUUGUAUCAAAACUAGUAAACUUCCACGCAGACUUAAUCUAUAACUGCAUAGUCUGUAUCUUCUCUCCAUUCUACUCACUCUUGUCCUUUGCCUCAGAGUUCUUUCAUCAGGAAACCAAAUACACCGCCGUAGAAUCAUCAGAACUUCAUCAACAAGCUCAUCAUGGAGGAGGAACCACCACAACCACUACCACCACCACCACCAUCACGGGGCUCUUCUUCAAGAAACUUGGGCUUGGGCUUCUGAGUGCUGCAUACUUGUGCAUAGUUCUGUUCUUGGUUCUGAUCGUGGCAACGGUUUUGGGGGUUUGUUUGGUGAAGCUGUGGGUGGAGGAGCCGGUGGUGGUUAGAGAGAAUGUGCAUUUUGAUUACACUGAAGAAAACCCUUCUGCUGUGUUCUCGUUUAAUGGGGGAAUGAGUGGUUUUGUUGGAAGAACAAAGAGGAAUAAGCAGAUAAGUGUGCCUGUUGGUCAUAUGUUUCAUGUUUCUUUGCUUCUUGUCAUGCCCGAAUCUGACUUCAAUACACAACUUGGUGUCUUUCAGUUGUUGUUGUUUGUUGUGCAGUUGACAGCCGAACUCCUUACGAUGAACGGAAACGUGAUAGCAAAAUCGAGCCGGCCAUCGAUGUUACGGUUCAGAAGCUCACCGAUUCGACUAGCCCGGACAUUGAUGAUGGGUUUACCUCUAGUACUCGGAGUGUCCGACGAAACCCAGAGCAUCAUUGUUGAUAUCUUGAGGCACAAGGAAGAGUAUAGAAGAACCAAGGCCAUUAGAGUAACCAUGCAUCCAAGAUCAGGAACCUCAUCACUUCCACAAUUGUAUGAGGCCCAAAUCAUGAUCAAGUCACGGUUACCUUGGUCCAAAGAAGUGGUCCGGAAUUGGAAAUGGACCUUUUAUGUUUGGGUGUCAAUUUAUGUCUACAUUGUUCUUCUCAUGUUCCUACUAUGUUGCUAUAGGAGACUAUUGUUUCUAGUCACACCGGAUUUGUUCGGCCGCGGCGGCGAGCUCCCAAGGGAAGAGCCUCCUAGAGAGCAUGAUGAAAGUGAGAUUUCUGAGUUGUUGAGGAAAUUGAGGAGGAGGAGGAGGAACAAGAGGAAAGCUAUAUCGGAUCAUGAUGAUGAUGGUGAUGGUGUUGAAGAAACCAUUGUUGGAUCUUCAGGUGAAACCAUUAAUACAGAAGAUGUUACAGGUAGUGUUCCCGUAGAACAAGUUGAUGAGGACUCUGGAUCGGUGUGUUUUUAAAGGCUUAAUUUUUAGAGUAAAAAAUACUACGAAAAAUGUUAAAAAGUUAUCAAAAUUUAUUAUUUUUGGCGAU